GGUGCAAGAGAGAUGACGAGUGUUGUGAUAUCUCUGCUCCAAACGUGUACUUUGUGGCAUAUUUUAGAGAUAACAUUGUGUUCAGCCAGUGGAGAAUGUUACAAUGAAACAUGUGGCCGAAAAUACGAACCUCAUUCGCCUCUUGUCUUAUGUUCGUUUCUGCCAAAUGAGUUUAUAGAUUGUGAACCCCCAGAGGAUCUUCAAGGAAAUGAAACUGCGCGCCAAAUCUUAGGCUAUGGAUGUACAAAGUGGGGAGGGGAGAGAUUUGAAAAUGUACAGAAAACUGCUGUUAGGUGCACAGCUCUUCCAGACAUAGAGUGCUAUGGGAACAGAUCAUUCUUCAGGGAGGGCUUCCCAUGUAUCAAAUACAAUGGUCACUAUUUCUUGAGUACCCUAAUUUAUUCGGUUCUCCUUGGAUUUCUUGGAAUGGACAGAUUUUGCCUGGGACAUACAGGUACAGCUGUUGGGAAGCUACUGACUCUUGGAGGCCUUGGAAUAUGGUGGAUCGUGGACAUUAUCUUAUUAGUUAUUGGGAUGUUGACUCCGCAAGAUGGGAGCAAUUGGGAACCGUAUUACUAGAAACCAAGGGGAAUAACUCUCGUGUCUUCAGACCAGGGGAAACCACUCCUUUGUGGAUUGUGUUUCGGGAAUACAAACUACACAUUUAUGAACCUCACACCUAAGAUUUGUCUGCAGGUCUCCAGCAACUGAGAGUGUAAAAAUUUGGUUAUUAGCAUGUCUCUGUUUCGUGAAUGAUUGCUGUUAACAAGCCCAGUGUCAUAAAUGAUUGCUGUUACCAGGUCCAGUCUUAUGAAUGAUUGACGUUAACAAGUCUAGUGUCAUGAAUGACUGCUGUCAUCAGGUUCAUUGUGAUAAAUGACUGCUGUUACAAGGUCCAGUGUCAUGAAUUAUUGCGGUUACCAGGUCCAAAUGUCAUGAGUGAUUGCUGUUAUCAGGUCCAGUCUCAUGAAUGAUUGCUGUUACCAGGUCCAUUCUCAUGAAUAAUUGCUGUUGCUAUGUCCAGUGUCAUGAAUGGUUGCUGUAAACAAGUUCAAUGUCAUGAAUGAUUGCUGUGGACAAGUCCAUUGUCAUGAAUGAUUGCUGUUACCAGAUCCAUUCUCAUGAACGAUUGCUGCUACUAUGUCCAUUGUCAUGAAUGGU